ACCACCACCACUCCACAAGAGAGGUUCACCAAACAUGAUCCGACCUUUAUGACCAAUUUGCACCAUGCAUGGGAUCUUGGGCUAAGUAACAUAUAUAAAUAUAUGCUAAUGCAUUGGAGGGAGUUUUGUAGUAUUCUUCGAAAUCGUUCCAACAUGUCUUGCAAAGGAGAUAUUGUCGUUGGUGUGGAGGAAGGAUUGUUUCUUUUACCUUCAAACCUAUUCAAUGAACUCUUUCUUGAUUGUAUCGGUCCAUUGCCACAGAGGAAGAGAGGAGGUAGCUACCAAAAUCGGAAGCCAAGAAUGUGCUACACGUUGAACCACUAUGGUUUCAUGGACAUGCAAAGUAAGGAUGCAGGUGCAGCAAAAGUUAAGCCACGAGGCACUGGAGUGUUUCUUCCCGAGAGACCAGUGGGUAGCUUAGAAAAGAACCGACUCACGAAGAAGCCAUGCCCUGUCACCUCCUCUCAUUCUAGACAAGUCUUUCUUCCCAAGGAAUGGGCUUAUUAGCUAGUAAUAAGCAUUUAAUUACUUUGUGUAUAUCUUAUGCUAUUACAUAAGGGGCCUGUUCUUUUUUAUGUCGCUCAUCGAGCGAUAGCGACCAAAGAAAUAAGACAAAAACGAGAUCGUAAUUAAUUAAACAGUCGCUGCAACUGGGAAAAGAGUCGCCGUUACUGUUGCGAUGAACGACGGCAACUGUCGCUUGAUAAUCCAGCGACUCUAUUUUUACCCCGCGACACUUUUUUCUCACUCUAGCGACUGGUCCGUCAUCGUCGUUUUGCAUCUACCGCUGUCGUUUUGCUUUGUUGAUUGCAGUUUUCAUCGUCGUUCUUCUCUGUCGCUGUCGCUACUCCAGCGAUUAGUAAAAGAACAGGCCCAAGCUUAUACAAAUAAGUUUUAACUGUCCUUCUUUAGAGUUGGCACCUAUAAAAUAGUGUUGGGUAUGGUUCCUCAAUAAUGCUUGUUUUCUUCCCU